AUGUCAUCGUCCAUCCUGGUCGUGUCGAAUUCGAGUGGUGGUGGUGGUGGUGGUCGAGGAGGAGGAGGAGGUGGUGGUGGUUCCCAUCAUUCAAGUCAUCAAGCAUCGAAGAUGAUGCAUCCACGUCCACAUCAUCAUCAUCCUAAUAACUCGAGAGGAAGUGUCAUUCACUCUUCUCAUGACCACCACCAACAUCACUCUUCUGAAAGGGCGUCCACUCAUCAUCAAGCAUCGUCUUCCUCUCGCUCUUUCCACCCUCAGGAUGUCUAUCGAAAUGCCUCCAAUCCUUUUAAUGGCAACAACCACAACAACAACAGCAGCAGUAGUGGUGGUGGUGGUGGCACGGAUUCGAACACUUUUCGAGCUGUUACCUUUUCCUCCAGUAGCAACAACAACAAUUCAAAUCCUCUCACUCUCUAUUAUUCGACUGGUCAAAAGAAUCCAUCGAGUCAAAAUAUUCAUUUUUCAAGAAUUAAGAAUGGUCUCGAACAUACUCCAAAAGAUUCGAGAGAAAAAGAGUCCUUUCGAUAUUAUUGUCCAAUUUGUAUGAUGUAUUUCAAGUUCAUUUUCAAAGUGGACUGUUGUUCUCAAUACAUUUGUAAAUAUUGUAUGGAAGAAUUGUUAGAAAAUAUUCAUUCCAAAUCAUCUAGAGAUUGUCCAUAUUGUUUACAAUCGAAUGUGAAAUUUAAACAAGUAGAGAGUGAUGAAAAAGUAAGAGAUUACAAUGAUGAACCAAUUCAACACUCCACACCAUGCAGAAUUCUAAAAUUCACAGGAAUGGAGAAUAAGGUGUCACCCUUUCCAUUGAAGUCAUAUUUAAGAAAAACGAAAAGUGAAUCCCAAUUAAUAAUCUUUGAUAAUUUAUUUACAUUGUCCAAUGACGAUGUUGAGACCAACAGUCAUGCAGAAGAAUCUUGUAAUAUCGAAAGAAAAUUAUCAUUUCCAAGUCAAUAUUGUAGUAGCAAUGGUGAUGAUGAAAUUCAAGAAGAACACAAUCCUUCAAAACAACAGGAGAACCCAUUGGUCUCGACUCGAGAAACUCGUUCCACACAUUUCAUUAAGGUCAAAAAGAGGCAAACGAAAUCUGCUCCUUCCACUCUCUAUUCAAAGUCACAUCAAAGAAAACAGCAACCAGUCAGUGCUAUGGAUCAUUCUAUCAAGAAAGAUGAAUCUGUUGGUUCUGAUCAAGCCAAGAACGCUGAACUCCCAGAACAAUGA